GAGCAGGUCUUGUGGAAAUAGCAGGUCUUCGGCUACUGGACGGAGCGUCGCCCCCCAGCCAGCCCGGGAGCACUGUCAUGCUGCCCAAAGCCGAGGCAGAAUCCAUUGCUAUUACUCGCUCGCAUGGGGAUCGGAUGCCAGGAACAAUGCACGUCACCUACCCGCUGACGCCAAGCACCUAAGUCAGUCUGAGAACCAAUACAGCUUGCCCGAGUUUGAAUUCUUGAAAAAAAGUGACCUGAAAUUGACGGGCUUAGUGUUGAGAGAAGGACACACCAGUUUUUGUCAGUCAGUUUCACAAGCCACCCAGUUUAAGAUGAUGGAGUAUGCCUACGAUGAAGAUUUGGACGAGCUGUGCCCUGUUUGCGGUGAUAAAGUAUCGGGCUAUCACUACGGCCUGCUCACCUGUGAGAGCUGCAAGGGUUUCUUCAAACGCACAGUUCAAAACAACAAAAGGUACACGUGUAUAGAAAACCAGACCUGUCCGAUCGACAAGACACAGCGGAAAAGAUGUCCCUACUGCCGCUUUCAGAAAUGCCUGAAUGUCGGGAUGAAGUUGGAAGCUGUAAGAGCUGAUCGCAUGCGUGGAGGUCGAAACAAGUUUGGGCCAAUGUACAAGAGGGACAGGGCUCUGAAACAGCAGAAGAAAGCUCUGAUACGAGCAAAUGGACUUAAACUAGAAGCCAUGACUCAGGUGAUGCAGACAAUGCCAACAGACCUGACGAUAUCUUCUGCUAUCCAAAACAUCCAUUCAGCCUCCAAAGGCCUACCUCUAAACCAUCCUGCCUUGCCACCAACAGACUAUGACCGAAGCCCAUUUGUAACAUCUCCAAUUAGCAUGGCAAUGCCAACACAUGGCAGUCUGCAAGGCUAUCAGACCUAUAGUCCUUAUCCAAGUCGUACUAUCAAGUCAGAAUAUCCUGACCCCUAUACUAGCUCCCCAGAAUCUCUAAUGGGCUAUUCUUACAUGGACACCUAUCCGACCAGCUCUCCAUCUAGUAUCCCACAUCUUAUAGUGGAACUCUUGAAGUGUGAACCAGAUGAACCCCAGGUCCAGGGCAAGAUCCUGGCCUACCUACAGCAAGAACAGGCCAGCAGGGGAAAACAUGAAAAGCUCAACAAUUUUGGGCUUAUGUGUAAGAUGGCAGAUCAGACCCUUUUCUCCAUUGUUGAGUGGGCUCGAAGCAGCAUAUUCUUCAGAGAACUUAAGGUUGAUGACCAAAUGAAACUUCUUCAGAACUGCUGGAGUGAGCUUUUAAUCUUGGAUCACAUUUAUAGGCAAGUGGCACAUUGGAAAGAGGGUGCAAUCCUCCUUGUUACUGGGCAACAGGUGGAUUUCUCUGUAAUCGCUUCACAGGCAGGGAGCACUCUCAAUAAUCUCAUGAGUCACGCUCAGGAGCUUGUGCUGAAACUUCGCUCAUUACAGCUUGAUCAGCGAGAGUUUGUGUGCCUCAAGUUCCUUGUGCUCUUCAGUCUAGAUGUAAAAAACCUGGAGAACUACCACCUUGUUGAAAGCGUUCAGGAACAAGUUAAUGCUGCACUGCUAGACUAUACGAUGUGUAACUACCCUCAGCAAGCGGACAAGUUUGGACAGCUUCUCCUGCGAUUACCAGAAAUCCGGGCUAUCAGCAUGCAGGCCGAAGAAUACCUCUACUACAAGCAUCUGAAUGGAGAUGUACCCUGUAACAAUCUUCUCAUUGAAAUGCUGCAUGCCAAACGGGCCUAAAACUACAUCCAUGGGGCCUUUGCAUCUUGAGCAGAAAUUCUAAGCUGCAACAAACAACUAUAAUUUUUUUAGAAAAAAAACAAACAUUUCAGUGCACUAGAUGGAAAGAGGACAACAUAAUGAGAUCCGUUUAUCAUUACAUGAAUGAUGCAUCAGGGUAUUGCCAUGGAAUCUGAUAACUGUGAACCCAACACACCUGUGCUACACAGUCCCCCCCAUCCCCCACCUCCCAAAGGAAACCUCUGUGAGGCCUUUAAGAAAGCGCUUACUCAUAUGAAGUUCACUUUGUCAAACUGAUCAAAUUAAUAUCACAAUCGUUUCCAAUUUGUUUAGAUUGACCAUUAAUUCCAGGAAAUUUAAGAAUAAGCAUGGGAGUUGUGCACUAAUGGCAAUACAGUUGGGGCUUCGAGUGCACUAAGAAACCCUUAGAUUUCAAAGCAUGUGGGAUACAAAGCAAAUCUGGUAACAGUAAUGAGCCAUCAUAACCUUCUCGAUCCCUCUUCUUCCUCAAAGCUAUGUCCCCAGUGAUCAUCGAUGUGGUACCUGAUAGGGGAUCAAAAGGCUUGCCUGUAGUUGGCUUCACUCUCCAUUUGCUUGUUCAAAUCACAAGAGCCUAUCUAUGUGUGAGGCCUGAAAAGGCUGCAAGAAACCAUCUGUCAAGCAAUUAGUUUGACAACCACCUCACCUACCCAUUAGGUUCUUUUUAGCCAAAGCGUACAUGUUAUUUGAAGUAGACCAAAGCCUGCUGCAGAACAAUAACGAGAGAGGGGAAUAAAAUUAUAACUGACCUAGAAUUUAAAAACUCAUCUCACAUUCACAACUCUUAAUACUUAACAUACUAGUAUUAAAUUUGUGAUGUCACAGUUAAGUGAGUCUUGCCUUAUUUCUGUGAAUCUGAAUAUGCGGAAGAAUAUAACUGAAGUAUUAAUACUGUAAAUUCAGCAAACAAAGGUGUUUACAUUUACUAGCUCCUGUGGGAAAGAACUGUGAUGACCUGAAUUGCAAAGCAAUGAUUUCCUUAAUUAUAUUUGAUCGGUAACUUUUUUACCAGUACUUAAUUAUGUCGUGAGACACUAAAAUCAAAAAGGGAAUCUCACUAAGACUUUAAUUUGAACAGACAGAUCUUUGGCCACAUGAUCACUUGUAGAGAUUGUAUAAACAAUUAGUUCUUUUUCAGGACUGUUGGCUUUGCUAUUGGAAUAGUACCGUUUAUAUUGUACAUCAUAGUUUAAACUGUAGACAAUUAUAUUACUAAUUUAUUUCUUCAUUGUUUCAUCUUUGUGUAAGAGAGCAAGAAUAACAAAGCCAAACAAAUGCAUUUGUUCACUGUAGCGCCUUUUGAAAAUCAGCAGCUACAGCCAGUUCAGGGACAAACGUAUAUCUUAAAAAGAAUCACACAGUUCAUUUAAAUAUAUAUUAUAUAUAUAUAGUACGAAUCUGAAAAUGUAAUAAAAAGGAUAAAUCUGCUGCAAAUGAUGUGAACUAUGGCUUCAUCUUUAGCUGAAUGGAAAGAUUUAAAGUUGAAAUCUUGCAUUAAAUAAUAAAUUGUCUUGUAAACUGUAUGUUCUAUACCAAAGACUGUAGUUAGCUUAUGUUUUCUGUAUUCCAUGGUCUCACUGCAGUGCAGAAUGUAAAACCGUGAUACUUCAAUGGACACAAGCACUGAACUAGCUUUGUCUGCUACAAAAUGCAGAUAGGUGGACACUGUCUCCUUUCUGUACUCUUAGCUGCCUGCUUCAGGUUGUAGGAAACCCCUUUACUGAUGUCUUACAGAACAUUGUGAAGCCAAUUCUCUGUUGUGUUGUUUACAAUUAUUUUGGAGAGUAUUAUAUGGGUGCAUUGUCCAGAGAUUCAAUCAGAACAGUUCUACCUUGCAAUUUCAAGGACAUUGCCUCGCCAACAAGGGGUUCCUCUCAAACUACCCAACACAGUGAGUUAUAAGAAACAGCUGUGGUAAUUGUUUUACCUGGCAAGUCCUGGUAGUAAAUAUAAACAGACACAGAAAUCACAAAAUAAUGUUAAGCUUUUACUGUUUUAUUAUUGUGCUCUUUUGUGUGAACAGACAUUCUGUCUUGUCAGUACUUUCUAUGUAUUGCUGAUGUUCUGCAGCUGCAUUGGACUUUAGACCACUCAACUCCUACUCAGUGUGCAGUUACUUGGUUCAUUACUCUAAAUGUACUAUAAUAAGUGGAAUGACAGACUGUCACGUCAUUUCUUGCCAAGAGUUUCUUUACACUGAUGGAAUUUUUCAGUAUUUCAAUAAAUAAUGAUAUGCGUGGCAUAUCACUUGUUGAGUC